AUGCGCAGCGCCUGUGUGUCGCCGGCCGCGCAGGCGGCAUGGAGUUUGCUGGCAGCCUAUGGGGCAGCGCCACCCAAGCUGCGACAGGAACAGCUGCCCAAAGUGGUGCCUCAAACCUGUCAGGUAAUUGCGCUGUUUUUCUCAGUGCCGGGUCAGAUGGCAGAUGAAGUACACAGGCAGUGGGAAUGGUGUGACACAUCGGGGUCUCAAGGUGGCUAA